GAUGGCUCGGCUUUGGCUGGAGGAGAGGCGUCGUGGGCUCCGCGAUGUCCCCGCAGGAGAAGCCCGAGGGGGCGGCGGCGCUGUCGCAGGGGGCCCGCGCUCCUUUCCCGCGGCGGUUCUUCACUUGGGACGAAAUCCGGGUCCGCACCAGACCCGAGGAUCCCGAGCGGGAGAUGUGGCUGGUGCUGGAGCGCAGGGUCUACGACGUGCGGCGCUUCCGCGACCGGCACCCGGGCGGCUCACGCAUCUUGCUCAGCCACGUCGGGCAGGAAGCCACGGAUGCCUUUGCAGCAUUUCAUGGCAACAAAACAUUGGUGAACAUGUUUUUGAACCCACUGUUGGUUGGGGAGUUGGCACCAGAUCAACCUACUUUUGAACCCAGCAAAAACGAAUCACUUAUCAUGGACUUUCGUGAGCUAUGCACAACUGUAGAGAAGAUGGGACUCAUGAAGCCCAACAGUUUCUACUUCUUGGCCCUUCUCUUUCAUAUCCUGCUACUGGAUGUUGCAUCUUGGCUCAUCCUCAUAUAUUUCGGGACAUCUUUACUGCCCUUUGUGGCUUCAUUAGGGCUGCUUACUAUAGCACAGGUCCAGGCUGCAUGGCUCCAGCAUGAUUUGGGGCAUCUUUCUGUCUUUGAAAAGACAAAAUGGAACCACCUGCUUCACCAAUUUGUCAUGUGCCAUCUUAUUGGGGCAUCAGCCAAAUGGUGGACUCUCCUGCACUCCCAACAUCAUGCAAAACCCAACUGCUUCACCAAGGAUCCAGAUACUGAUAUCCACCCUUUUUUGUUUACUUUGGGGAAAUCCCUUUCUGUGGAACUUGGGACGAAGAAGAUAAAGUACAUGCCUUACAACUAUCAACAUAGAUACUUCUUUGUCACUAUGCCACCACUGUUGUUUCCGGCCUUUUUCCAUUUUCACACCUUCUACAUAGUCUUCAAGAAGAAAUUGUGGGUGGAUCUGGCUUGGCAACUCUCCUGCUUUAUCCGGUUGUUCCUUGUCCAAGGGUAUCUACUAGGACCAAAGAAUUUUCUACUAUACUACUUCUUGUUCAGGUAUUAUGCAACACACUGUUCAACUAACACUAGUCGUGACUGUCUGGGCAGGACAUUGUCAAUCUGUAAAUUAAACUAUUACUUUUUUGAAACCGCUAUUUACUUUUCAUUUCAGCUCCAGGCUACUUGUAAUGUUCACCAGUCCUACUUUAAUGACUGGUUUACUGGGCACUUGAAUUUCCAGAUUGAACAUCACCUUUUCCCCAGAAUGCCACGGCACAACUUCUGGAAGGUAACCCCUCUGGUGAAAUCUUUGUGCCACAAAUAUGGUAUUGAAUACAAGUGCAAACCUCUGCUGACAGCUUUUGCAGAUAUCUUACACUCCUUGAAGGAUUCUGGAGAACUCUGGUUGGAUGCCUACCUGCAUAAGUGAGAGGUGCUGACUUUAUGUAGAACAAGGCCUUUAAUACUACAAAUACAGUACUACAAAUGCUUGUUAUUUUCUGAAUGAUUUUUCUAUUUAUAAUAAAUUGUUACAACAUA